AUUCAAACAGAUAUUGAUUAGAAUAUACCUAAUAACUUUUAAUGUGUUUACUAGUACUAUUUAAGAGAAGUCACCAAUUUUGUUCAUUUUAGUGUUCUCUAUAGCUUCUUACAUGGCAGCUUACUACUUCCUCUUAAUUGUUCUUCUUGCAGCUUCUGAAAUAUCUGAAGCAGAUGGCCAAAAUGAGUUAUGUACAGACUUUUACUGCAACAGCUGCCCGGAACUGUUGUCUAUAGUGAACCAAGGAGUCGUAAAUGCUCUUAAAAAAGAAACUCGAAUAGGAGCUUCUUUACUUCGAUUGCAUUUCCAUGACUGCUUUGUAAAUGGCUGUGACGCAUCGAUUCUGUUGGAUGAUACAAGCAGUUUCAUAGGAGAGAAAACAGCAGCAGCUAACAAUAAUUCAGCUAGAGGAUUCAACGUGAUUGAUGACAUCAAAGCCAGUGUGGAGAAAGCAUGCCCCAAGGUUGUGUCCUGUGCUGAUAUUCUUGCUCUGGCUGCUCGAGACUCAGUUGUUCAUCUAGGAGGCCCUUCAUGGGAUGUAGGCUUGGGAAGAAGGGACUCAAUCACAGCUAGUAGGUCUGAUGCCAAUAACUCAAUUCCUGCACCCUUUUUCAAUCUAAGCACUCUCAAAACAAAUUUUGCUAACCAAGGGCUCUCAGUUGAGGACUUGGUGGCUCUUUCAGGUGCACAUACAAUUGGUCUCGCUCGAUGUGUACAAUUUCGAGCACACAUUUACAAUGACUCCAACGUUGACCCCUUGUUUAGAAAGUCUCUACAAAACAAGUGCCCCAGAAGUGGAAAUGACAAUGUCCUCGAACCCUUCGACUAUCAAACACCGACACAUUUUGAUAACCUAUACUUCAAGAAUUUACUAGCUAAAAAGACUCUUCUCCAUUCAGACCAUGAGUUGUUCAAUAUUGGAAGUUCUACUAAUAAUCUGGUAAGGAAAUAUGCUACUAAUAAUGCUGAAUUUUUUAAAGCCUUUGCCGAGGGCAUGGUCAAAAUGAGUAGCAUCAAACCCCUUACAGGAAGCAAUGGACAGAUCAGAAUCAAUUGCAGAAAAACCAACUGAAAAUUAGUGAGUAAUAUUGUGUACGUAUGCGUAUACAUAUAUUAUAUAUGUGUGUAAUUAUUCAUAUAUCUUUUCCAAAUUAUGCCUAAUGAUAUUGUAUCUUUUUUCAUUAGGCAAAUAAAUGUAAAACAUGGCAAGAUAUUCAUUUAUAGCCAGGUUUGAAUUGUAAGCAUAUAUUCUAAUAAAGUCUCAAGCUACAAAUUUUUCA